AUCUCACCAUCUUCCACAAUGACAACCGCAGCAUCCCUCCCAACACCUGCCCACCAACUCUCCACCACGUCAACACCCUCCACCACCACCCCAUCAAACGACAGAAAUUUCCAAGGCCUCCCCAUCCCACGCGGCCCCGUAACAGCCUCGCUCUCCUUCUACGCACCCCCAGAAGAUGGCUCCCGCCCACACAACUACGUCGAACCGCCAACCGACGGCCGCCCCCAGCGCAACUUCGGCUCAGCCUGGCACUCAGUAACACUCUCGGACCUGCGAGGCCAAGAAACAAACUUCAACCUCGACGACAACGCCUUCGACACGCUCUCCAACAUCCCCUCCGCCGAACACGAUUUCACAUCCGAGUCCCGCAUCAAAGAAGUGUACUACCCCGAAGUCGAAGCGCUGCUGCUCGACAGAAUCCCAGGCGCGAAACGCGUGUUGCUGUUCGACCAUACGAUCCGUCGCUCGAACCCCGAUGCGCCGCGCGCGCCCGUGACGCGCGUGCACAUCGACCAAACCCCGUCGUCGGCAGCAGCGCGUGUACGGCACCACCUACCUCUUGAAGCAGACACGCUCCUUCAAGGCCGGUACCGCAUAAUCAACGUAUGGCGGCCUUUGAACCGCGGACCUGUAAUGGGACACCCGCUAGCGGUCGCGGACAGUGCGACGGUGCGGGACGAGGAUCUCGUGGGCGUGGAACAUAGGUAUCCUGAUCGCGUUGGGGAGACUGCGGCGGUGCAGUUCGACGAGGGGCAGCGGUGGUAUUAUUGGAGUGGGAUGACGGGGGAUGAGCGGUUGUUGUUGAAGUGCUUUGAUAGCGACGAGGGGGUUGGUGGUAGGGGACGGGUGCCGCAUACUGCUUUUGUGGAUCCGAGGACACCGGAGGGCGCGGUGGGGAGGGAGAGUAUUGAGGUUAGGGCUUUGGUGUUUGGGUAG